UGGGUGGAGGUAUGAGACCUGUGUGGGGAUGGACCAGCCCUGGCUGGGCACAGAGUAGCUCUGAGUGGGCUCAUGGUGCCUCUGGAUGGGCAUAGGGGGUCCUGGGUGGGGGGUAUGGAACCUGGGUGGGGAUGGCCCAGCCCUGGGUGGGCAUGAAAUUGUGCUGGGUGGGCACAGAGGACCCUGAGUGGAGAGAUCCAUAUGGGCACAGGGGUUCUAAGGGUGGGCAUGGAGCAGCUCUGGGCGGGCUGGUGUGUGCAGAGUCCUGGGGUAGCACGUGGGACACGGAGGGGACUGUCACAGGAGGCACAGCGUGCCCCACUGCCCCCAGCCAUGCCUUCCCUCCCACAGGACGCCAGAUGCCGGUGCCACACCAGUGCCAUCCCGCAGCCGUGAGCCACCCAGCAUGGCCAAGCGGCUACUGGUGGCCUACGGGCUGUGGGCGCUGGGGGGGCCGCUGGGGCUGCACCACCUCUACCUGGGCCGGGACAGCCACGCGCUGCUCUGGAUGCUGACACUGGGCGGCUUCGGCGCCGGUUGGCUCAGCGAUCUCUGGCACCUCCGCCGUUGGGUGGCCAUGGCCAAUGGCACCGGUAGCCGGCGCGGGCGGGCCGUGCCAGCGCUGAGCCCCAUACGCCUGGCGGGGCAGGUGGCCGUGGGGACAUAUUUCGGGCUGGUGGCCGCGCUGGCACUGCCCUGGGUGCCACAGCUGCUGGCUCAGCCGCUGGCCGUGGGGUUGGGCGUGCUCCUGGUGGCCUCCGUGGGCGAGCAGAGCACUGAAGCGCACCGCGUCCUUACCGCGGCCUUCCUCACCUCCCUCCUCUUCCAGGCCCAGCUGCUGGCGGUGCUGCCUUCCAGCUUGGCUGCAGGCCUGGCGGCCCAGCGCCACUGCCGCUAUCAGCAUCCCGCCGGGCCUCCGCUGCGGCUUCGCGCCCGCCUCUUCCGCCUGGGCAUGGCCUACCUGGCCUUCGCUGUCCCGGUGGGAUACGGCCUGCUGCGUGGCACCGCCGGGGCCUUGGGGUGGGUGGGGGCCAUCCCGAUGUGGUCCUUCCAAGGCCUGGCCCGACUGCUGGGGCUCAGAGCUGGGCCUGGAGGAUGCAAUGAGCGGCAGCAGUGGGCCUAUCAGGUUCUUGGCAUCCCAUCCGGCUCUGGCAUCGAGGAGGUGCAGAGGAGCUACCGGGAGCUGGUGAAGGUCUGGCAUCCCGACCACAACCGGCAGCGGGCUGAAGAGGCCGAGCAGCGCUUCAUCGAGCUGCAGGAGGCCUACGAGGCACUGGGGGGACCCCGCAGGGCAGCAGCAGGAGGAGGCUGAGCCCAGAGUGCGGGGAGCAAAGGCACUGAGGGGGCUUGCAACAUGGGGUUUAUAACACGAGGUUUGCUGCUGGUUGUGCUUUCUUUGCUCAGUGCCAUGCGGUGCUGGGGCUGGGGAUACGCACCGUGCAAAGCAAUGCACGAGGCAGUGUGUAAACUGUUGCACAGGGAUGGCUGCGACCAAUGGAUGGGGCCUUGUGCAAAUCAUUGCAUUGGGAUCCAUGCAGAGCAUUGCACGAGGAUCUGUGCAAAUGGCUGCGCUGGGGCUUGUGCAAAUUGCUGCGUUAGGCUCCAUGCAAACCAUUGCGCACGGAUCCGUGCAGAGCA